AAACAGGUUAAAUUACCUCACUGCGGUCGUCUGUUAAGGUUACUGCCAUACUAAUACUACAAGGCGCACAUUCAUGAGAUAAAUACAACACCCACAUAAAUCUAGUUAAUGUUUAAUUACAUUGAUUGCAGUAUAUACUGUCCCUGAGCUGCGCUCUUGUUUCACUCUCUGUCACUGGACCGCACAGAACCACUGAGCUAAAGCCUCAGCUGCUGCUGCUGCUGAGACUCCACAGGCGGACUUCAACUCCAGCCUGCUUUACAUACACACAGGACUCGACAGGAGCAACAGCAAAGCCUGCUCACUCAGACCGAGGGACGGAUAACCUGAGACAGCGCGAUGUCUUCCCCCAGCGCCGCCUCCUCCUCCUCCGUCCCCACGGGCCCUCUGAAGCCCAAAAGGAAGACGAAGAAGAAGAACUUCGUGCAGCAGAAGGUGAAAGUCUUCCGAGCCAGCGACCCGGUGCUGAGCGUCCUGGUGUGGGGAGUCAAUCACUCGAUUAAUGACCUGGGCCAGGUGCCUGUACCUGUCAUGCUGCUCCCGGACGACUUCAAAGCCAGCACGAAGAUCAAAGUGAUGAACCACUGCUUCAACAAGGAGAAUCUUCCGGGCCAGUUUAAAUUCAAAGAGUACUGCCCACAGGUGUUCAGGAACCUGCGAGAGCGCUUUGGCAUCGAGGAUCAAGAUUACCAGGUCUCUCUGACCCGCAGUCCUCCUCUCAGAGAUGAGGAGGGGAAGUACAUGGGGCUGCGGCUCACAUCAUACGACCGCACUUUGGUGGUAAAAGAGAUUUCCAGUGAGGAGGUUGAGGAAAUGCACAGCAUCCUGUCAGAGUAUCAUCAGCAUAUUGUCACCUCCCACGGCAGCACGCUGCUCCCUCAGUUCCUCGCCAUGUACAGAGUGACGGUGGAGAGCGAGGACACCUACCUGUUAGUGAUGAGGAACAUGUUCAGCCACAGGCUGGCGGUACACAGGAAGUACGACCUGAAGGGCUCCGUGCUGACUCGAGAAGCAAGUUUUAAAGAAAAGGUCAAAGAGCUGCCCACAUACAAGGACGCAGACUUCUUGAAUAGCAUGCAGAAGAUCUACGUGAGCGAUGAGGAGAAAGAGAAGGUGAUGAACAAACUCGGCAGAGACAUCGAGUUUCUCGUGCGCAUGAGGAUCAUGGACUACAGCCUGCUGCUGGGCAUCCAUGACACCGAGCGAGCUGAGAGAGAGGAGGAGGACGACGACGUGGAGUCGUCCUGUGAGGAGGAAGAGGAGGACGAAAACGACCCGGCUGCUCCUCCAUGCUCCACUUCCCCUGAAGGAAUCGCCGGCUACAUGAGCUCGCUCAAGCCCAUGGGUCCCGGGGAGUUCGACCCUUACGUGGACGUGUACGCCGUUCAGAGCGCCGUGGGUGCUCCCAGGAGGGAGGUGUACUUCAUGGGUCUGAUUGAUGUGCUGACGCAGUAUGAUGCCAAGAAGAAAGCCGCUCACGCUGCCAGGGCUGUCAAGCACGGGGCGGGAGCUGAAAUCACAACGGUUCAUCCCGAGCAGUACGCCAAACGCUUCAAGGAGUUCAUCGCGAAGAUCUUUGCCUAGUUCAAGGAUUGAUCGUCUUUUGAUGCCACGCUUAGCUGCACAACACCCACAAGGAACACAAAACAUUUACAGCUAAAAAAUAAAAUCUAUGCAGAAGUAUUUAUGUUUAUUAAACUUAUUAAGAAUGUGCUCACAUUAAGAUUGUUCAAUCUGGAGAACAGUACUGGCCUCAGUCGUGCCAAACUCUUCCUGUUUUCGGAUGAUGGACUGCCUGCACAUUCUCUCUGAAGGCUUAUUUCACUGUGAGCUUCUUCAACGAGGUUUAAUCUUUUAGGCAAAGGCAGCCAGAGACAAUUAACAAUUUGGCUAUCCAACAUAGACUUUUAUUAAAAGGCAAAGCAAAUCCAAAACCACUGGAAACCUGCUGGAGAGGAAACUCCUGGUUCCAGCAGUUUGCACUUACCUAAAGCAGAAACGACACGACUUUGAAGACCAAGAUGUUUGUGUUUUGGACAGAGAAUACGGGUCGUUUUAAAGAGGCGUCAAAGAGGUUGACGUGACUAGCAGACGUUUCACUCUCCCUCACAGGGAGGGAGGAAAAUGAUUUUCUCUGGUUGCAUCCAGGGAGUAAAACCUGUUGGUCAUGUGACCUCUUCUAACGAAGUCAUGUGACUUACUUUUAAAUGUCAGAGAUGUUUCUGGUUUGCACUCAUUGCAAGCUGAGAGAAAUGCUGGAUUAAAAAAAAGGAAACAUUUUGUGCCUUUUUUGAAUGGGUUUUUUAUGUCCAGCGUUUAAAGGUUAAACCUUUGUGAGUUCUGCGCGAUGUUCAGAAGUUGAGAUGUGGAUUUAAAACCUGACCCUGCGUUGGUCGAUAAUGUUCUACAAACCUCCGAGGCCUUUGUUGAACGAAAUUAAUUUAUUCUGAGAUUAAAUGACACACAAUGAGACUCUGUUUAAUACGACUUCUGAAACCAUUGGAUUUUACUCAAAGGUUUCUGAUUAAACAUGGCUCAAUGUUUGUCUUUAAGCUGUCUUUCUUUUCAUUUAUGCAACUAUGAACUAAUUUGAGUUGGUCAGUCACAUGAAAUCUGAAUAAGCAGGUUUAGAUUAUGGAUGUAGCAAUAUAUCUUGUGCUAAUUUUGCUUCCUUCAUCAUUAUACUAACAAUUUAACGGUGACAUUUGCAUUCUCAUUUAGUAGUUGGGGCCUGAAACAAAAACAGAAAUACAUACUUUACUCCACUCUGAAGUUUGACAUUUACUAUGACUUUUUUCACUUUACACAAAAUGUUCUCUUGAUUUUAUAGCCUCUUUUUAACCCUAUUUACCUAAAGGUCAGCCAACGAUGAAAAGAAAAUGUUUUUGGUAUUUUCUUCAUUUGAAAAUACAGAAUGAAAUUGUAUGGCCAGACGUAAGUCACAACAAAAAUGGUUAACUUGGACUUUAUGGUAUUUAUCCCGGCUGUGUCUUGAAUUUUAUCCCCUCUCAUCACCUGCAGCUUUACAUUGAAAAGGCUCCUCACUCUUAUUUUGUUUAUAGAUUUUUAACGUCUUGAUUCUCGGGAAAACAUUAAAGAGUUUUAAUAAAAGAAAUUCAAAGUAAAUCUCUUUGGGAGCAAACAUCUGCAUCCUUAGACUUUAUUUUAGAAAACCUUCAGUGAAUAAAAAUACGUUAAUAAAUGUGUCACAGUUCGGCCGAUAACUGACACAUACCGUUUUCGUGUUUUUACUUUUUUUUCCUCUACAUCUUACCAUUAAAGGGGUUUUUAAUAGAGCAGGUGUUCCUCUUCUUAUUAGCACUGACAAUAACGUAAAUUGAGGUAAAUUCAGUGAUGUGACAAAUUCAUUUGUUUCUCUAUUUUCAGCUCCACUUUGUGGGAAUAUCGGCAUUGGUUGUGAUAUGAAAAGACUCCAUUAUGAACGUGAUAAAAUGUUCCGACUGACCUUUUCGACACAACUAAUUAAAACGUUUCAGCUUUUCCUGUUAAAAGCUCAUUAAAAUUGCAAAUGAGGCGAGAAAAACAGGCUGUGUUAUUUCUGUCCUUAAUUCAUUUCACCUCGCCAGUUGGCUACAUUUUGUCAGGCGUUUCAUUAUUGCGCUUUUCGGUAAUAUAAUAAAAGCCUGGCUCGGCGUUCAGGCAGCGUGCUGACAUGUUUAUAGCACCAAGUCACAACCAGAAACUCAAGCUUCUUUUAUUGGGAUUUUAUGUAUAAAACCACAAAGCAACACAUGAUUCUAAAGAGAAAAAUACAGUGUAGAAAUAAAGGCUGAAAAGUGUGGUGUGUGUGUUUGUAUUCAGCUUUUCUGCGUCACAACCUUUUGCUGCAAGGACAUCCGGGACUCUGUCUGUGAUACAUCUGUGUGUUUGUUUUACAAACAAACAAAGUAACUAACAAAAUGAUCCAAUCUCAGUCCAAAUAUGGUGAAAACUAGAGAACGUUUUCAGUGUUUGUCUUUCAGGUGUACAUAGUAUUUUGAAUUAAAGAAAAAAAAAAAUCUGUUUUGGUCAUAAAUCUUAGCUAUUAUGUCUUCUGGCUUUAUUUCAACAGAGGUAUUUUUCUUAUCACUCUCCUAUAAAGGUGUAGAAAACAAAUAUUAAGUCCUACCAACAGAUUUUUUACUACUGAUCAAUGGUUGUUAUCUAACCAAAUAUAGGGAAGCCAUUGUUCUUACUUGAUUUUAAAUAGAGACAUCAGAGAACUUUAUUUAAAAAAUGCUAACACUUUACUUGAAGCGGUGUGCAUAAGACUGACAUAACAGUCAUAAA